AAACCUUUCGGUUGAGAGAUAUAACAUACUGCGUUCUAAGAUUAAUUAUUUGCAUACAAACUGUUUGCCGAGCUAUCGCACUCUAUUUGAAUGUAAAAAAACAUUUUUACCCUCGCAAAUUAUUGUGACUGACACUUCAGCUGAAGUUAAUCUUCAAGAGCUUCUAAAUAAAACUGCAGAGAGUAUUUUAAAAAUUCAGGAUAUUAUAAUACAUUCUGACAAAAAUUUUAAAUUAAUUUGCAAAUGGGGGUUUGACGGUAGCUCGGGGCAUAGUCUUUAUAAGCAAAAAUUUGAAGAUAGUUUGUCAACAGAUGAGUACAUGUUUCUUGUCGCAUUAGUUCCUCUUAGAUUAAUUGAUAAUGAAAAUGGAGAAAGUAUAUGGUCUAACCCACGUUCAUCAUCAACAAUGUAUUGUCGACCAAUUGCAUUUAAAUUUACAAAAUAAACUUCAGAUGUUGUUCGAACCGUUCAUGGCGAAAUUGAGUCAUUAAUAAUUAAUCUUAAUAAUUACCAUCUUUUUAUUUCAGAAAAAAAUGUAAAUGUUUCUUACGAAAUGUUAUUCACUAUGUUUGACGGUAGUGUGGCCAAUAUCCUUUCAGAAACCUGUUCUACAUCCAGGUGCAUUAUUUGUGGAGCCACACCAAAGCAAAUGAACCAGGACUCAGUGCUUCAAAGAAUUCUUCUUAGAAUUUAAAGACAAAUUGGGAUUAAUUGUCGAUAAGCCAAAGCCCGGGUAUGGUUCCGCAAAUUAUGGAAAUACUGCCAGGACAUUUUUUAGAAACGUAGAAAUUAGCUCUGAAAUAACAGGACCCUUCGCCGCCCUUUAAACCGGCAAAAAUGUCCACGAAAAGUGAGGAGAAAGUGCGUCUUUUGGACUCGGAACACCAUCAAAACAUCGGCAACUCGGUCGUGGACUUGGAUAACGUGGUGUCUGACGAUGACUUCCUUGGUAACCGAAACGUCGAGCAUCCGACCAGCAAUUUCGACACCAUGGUGCACUUGCUGAAAGGGAACAUCGGUACCGGGAUUUUGGCCAUGCCUGACGCUUUUAGGAAUGCCGGAUGGGUAAUAGGACUGUUUGGAACGAUGACAAUGGGGGUAAUCUGCACCCAUUGCAUGCACAUGUUAGUCGAAUGUUCCAGGGAACUCUGCAGGAGAACCCAGUCUCCAUCGUUGAAUUUCUCCGAGGUAGUCGAGGCAGCAUUUCAAACUGGCCCCGAGUUUUUACAAAAAUACGCCCGAUUGGCAAAGAACUUAAUAAACAUUUUCCUCUUCAUAACACAAAUGGGCUUUUGCUGUGUAUACUUCGUCUUUGUCGCUGCGAACCUUCAAGAGGUCAUCAAACACUUUUACGUCGAUAUACCUGUUUACUGGUACCUCGUAAUGCUCCUGGUGCCACUGAUCCUACUUAACUGGGUCAAAAGCCUUAAGUAUUUGACCCCCGUGUCCCUACUGGCCUCAAUAGUGAUGUCCUCCGGACUAAUUAUCACCUUUUUUUACAUAUUACAAGGAUUGCCCCCGGUGUCUGCCAUAAACGCUUUUUCUAGCUGGGGACAGCUACCACUCUAUUUUGGGACAGCCGUCUAUGCUUUCGAAGGAAUCGGAGUGGUGUUGCCUCUAGAGAAUAACAUGAAAAACCCUCAAGACUUUGGAGGUUGGAACGGUGUACUCAACAGAGGAAUGAUCAUUGUAACAAUCCUGUAUACGGCCGUAGGAUUUUUCGGUUAUUUGAAGUAUGGAGAUAGGGCUGUACUUGGAAGUGUCACCUUACUGUUGCCACCAGACGAAGUGCUGGCACAAUCGGUUCGACUAAUGAUGGCGGUUGCGAUUCUGCUCUCUUACGGACUCCAGUUCUACGUACCGUUCAACAUAAUCUGGCCAACGAUCGAGUGUCAUUUUAACGACGAAAAGUCACGUCGUUAUGCGGAAUACGUCACUCGGACCGCUUUGGUUUUCAUCACGUUCGUAUUCGCUGUGGCAAUCCCCAACUUGGGUGCGGUGAUUUCUUUAGUCGGUGCUUUUAGCAGCUCGGCUUUGGCGAUGAUUUUCCCACCACUGGUGGAAAUUAUCACUUUUUGGCCCGAUAAGUUGGGCCGAAGCGAUUGGGUGCUUUGGAAGGACGCCGCCAUCGUAACAAUCGGGUUUCUUGGGUUUUUAACCGGGAGCUACGUCAGUUUUUUGACUAUUUUAUAUCCUGAAAUCACUAGGUAAGUUCAUGUAUAGGUAAGGUGGUGUAACACCGUGAGAUUUUUAGGGAAAAAUCGAUCCAAGUGAAUAUCUUUAGUUUUACUUCGAUCUCUUUGUGUAUUAAGAUGCGCGUGAAAGCUAAAUAAGAGUUCCAAAAGCGAUUUUUUUGACAUGUUUGGUGACGAUUACAGCGAAAAUUUUUGUGAUUGAAGACGGUCCUGGGAUAUAAAAUCACCGAAGAUUGCUAUCCUUAGUAAGUCAUUCCAGGAUGUUUUUUUCAUGUCACAAGUUUUCUUGGUGCUCUGUCAAGGUUGUCGAACUUUAUAGGAAGUCCAAAAAUCUCGUCCAUUAUUCUCUAAGAGUCCAACAUGCAACUUUACGCUUCACAACCACACACUUCAAAGUACAUAAAUAAACAAUGGAGUUCAUUCAAAAUCAUUGUUUAUUUAUGUACUGUGAAGUGUGUGUGUGGAUGGCUUCUAAAGGCCUGAUGAUGCUCUAACUAGAACGAAACACUUGUAGCCUAUUAUAUUACAUGUUGUGAGACCGUGGCUUUGUGUUUUUCGUCAACUUUAUAGGAAGAUUCUGCCUAAGUUAAGUCUAAUUAAACCUCAAUCUUUCUAAAUCACCCUUAGGUUCUAAAAUAGAAAAAAAUUUAAAAAAAUAAUCAUCAAGGCAAAAAAGUAAACACAACUGAAACUGAGAACAUUCAAAGACUAGAAUUAGUAAACAACAACUUUGAUUGAGUUCAAAAUGUGCACAGGGGCAAGGGGAGGUGUUUUGCUUACAAACAUAUUCAUCGAUUCUCUGUUGUUAAGUUUACACGCAUUUUCAGAAGAGGAAAAUUUCAUUUUCAGAAAAAAAAAACGCAUUUCCAAAACUAUAGGAGAUACUAUAGGGCGGUUAAAUUUUUUAUUCCCUUUAAAAUGAUGUAUCUCAUUCAUAUGUGUCCCAACGUUUCAACGUAUUAAGACUCAUCAUCAUCAAGAAUUUCUCCUUAGUGCAGAUCUGACUUUUUUAAUUGCUAAAAACUUAAAUACUUUUAAAUGUUUAUUCUUUUCCUUAUGAUUUAAAAUUUAAUUAAUUAAAAAAGUUUAAGCAUAUUAAACUGGGGGUUAUUUGUGUUCAUUCCGAUGAACCCUAACCUGAAUGUUAAAAAAUUAUUUUAACAUUCAUUAUUUUAUCAUAACAUUUAAAAUGUAUUUUAACAAUUAUUAAGUUUUAAAUUAUGAUACUUAUUGAUAUUAUCAAUUUAGUUGGCCGUGACAGUAGUUGAAGUCUGCAUUAUCAUGGUUACUAAACAAAAAUAAUAUUUUUGACAGAAGUCAUCAAGCUUCUUGGAUUGGUAAUAACGGUCCUAUAAAUUGGCCCGCAAGAUCGCCUGAUAUAACACCCAUGAAUUUUUCCAUAUGGGGUUUUAUUAAGAAUCAGGUCUGUCAAAUUACACCACAACAUUUAGAGGACCUAAGUUUAAAAAUAAGAGUGGCGUUCAAUAAAAUUUCAAUUCAAUCAACAAUAUUCAAAGAAAAAUUGCAACCAGUGCGCGAAAAUGCUUACAAAAUAAUGGUGGUCAUUUGCAAACAUUUAGAUUAAUAACAAUUUAUUUCAUAAUUAUGUAGGGGAGACUGGCCUAAAAUGACAUACCACUUUAUUUUUGCUUAUUAAUUUUUUAUUCUUUUAAUGUAAACAUACAAAAUCAUUAGUAAUUUAUAAUACUAAAGGUUUAUAAUAAGAAUAUAACCUAUUUUUUUUAAAUAAAUGAAUAAUCCUGGCGAAAAAAAUAUAAAAAGACCAGCACACUCACAAUGUGCCCAUUUCGAGCACGAUUGAUAUCUAACCCAUGUUUCCUUGGACUUGGACAUAGAGUACAAACUGUUACAAUAUAGGCAGGGUGGAUCAUCUUCGUCGUCUUCAUCUUGAAACGGCUCUUCGUUAUCAGAGUUUUCGUCCAUUGGGACAAAGUGUUCGGAUGCUACUAUGGCAGCCUUACGUGUUAUGCGGUUUUUACUUUCUUUGGCAACUUCUUUGAUUUAAAUAACUUCUUUUAAACUUUCGGGGCUUUCAACUAAAUGAGUUAAAUUUUUUUUGGUUCGUUUCGCGGCUUUGCGAAAUUCAGCAGCUUGUUUUUCCGCUUCUCUAGCUUUAAGUUCCUCUAAUAUUGGGGUACUCGUAAGCACUUUGGUUCCUUCUACCUUCCGCUUUCUUAGGUUUGCUUGCAGUGGCGAAGCGUACGAGUAGACAAGGUAGACACUGUCUACCCAAAAUUAUCCAGUUAUUUGUCAUUAAUUUAUCACGUAAUUAUUUCAUGUAAUUGUUGAAUUAAAAUUUAAAAAAAUAACACAGAACGUGGUCGUAGUCGCUAUCCUUACUAUUAUUAUAUAGUAUCUAAACAUGAUUAAUCCGAAGGCGCGCCCCGCCUGCCGCACCGAUUAAGAUAAAAAUACAGGGCUGACACCCAAUUAAUGUAUACGAGCCCCAGGAAGACACAUUGAUAUUUGUCUUCCGAAAUUUGGAGCAUAUCGAACCAAAGCAUCAAACAGGCUACAGAGGUCCGGCCGCAUUCAGCCUAUUACGUAUGCAAAAUUUACUCGCGGGGAAGACAUUCGAGCUUUUGUCUAUCGAAGUCGACCAGCUAUUUUAUUAUGCUGUUGAGGGUUAUUGUUUAUGGACACGCUUGUUCUGGUCGGCCGCAAUACAUCUUCAGUUUUGUCUGCAUUUGGUGGGGGCGCGUGCUAUAGUAAUUUAAUAAUUAGUAUUUUUAUUUUUGGGUGUAUAGAAAAGGUUUUUUUAGUGGUUAUUUAUGAACGACUGUUCGAUAUGGCAAUUGUAUUUUAGUUGUGUUUUUUUGUAAGUAGUAUUUAUUUUUAUCUAUCUAUCUUUUUAUGCUAGUAGUAAUUAUUUAUUUCUUUUUUAUAUCACUACAUAAUUUUCCUCUUUGAGUUAAUAUUUCAUGCGCUUUCAUUCUGUAUUUCAUUAAAGUGCAUAAUAUUGAAUACACAUUUUUUCUAAUUAACGAUUUUUAUUGUUUGUCUACCCGAAAAAAAAGUUCACCUUCGCCACUGUUUGCUUGUAUCCCGGAUGAACUUGGAAUAGGGGAAAUGUCUUGUGUGCGAAUAACUGAAAUAUUGUUUAUAUUCAAUGAAUGGUUAGCCACUCAGUGUACACCAUACAGAGUAUCACCAUCUUGAUAUCUAUCUGUGACCAUUGCAGGGUUAAACAGAUAAUCAGGAAAUAUAUCUGGGUUUAGCGGCCAUAUUCCUGUUUUCAUAAACCCACUUACAGCAUUUUGAUUUGUAGCUGCUUUUCCAUAUGCUGCAGCAAAUAACCCGCCAAUCUGAUAUGAAGAAACAGUUCUGCCUGGAUGACAUUUUAGCCAUUUUGUAACUUCUUGAUCAUAAAAUGUUUUUAGUGGCCCAAAAAAGCACACAUCUAAAGGUUGCAGCCGGUGGGUGCAAUGAGGUGGGAAACAUAUCAUUUCUAUUCCAUUUUCUUUAGCAAAUCUUGUAACAUCUAGAGUUUUAUGGCAAGCAUGACCAUCAACCAGAAGUAACACUUUGUUUGCCUUUGAAGGAUUAGAAUAUUCUCUAAAAUAUUGCAUCCAUUUUAGAAAAAUCUCGCCCGUCAUCCAGCCUGUCUCCUGAGCUAUUCCCAAUGUAUCUAAGGGAGCCUCGUCGGUCACUUCCUUUUUCCAGUUUUUUCUGGGAAAAAUUAAUGAUGGGGGAAUAUAGGCUCCUGCUGCGCUCAUGCAAACCACAGCUGUAAUAUGCUGCCCCUUUCAGCACUUGAAAUUAAGCCAACUUGUUUUCGACCUUUGGUAGCAAGUAUUCGGCUAGGUUUUUGGACAGUAGACAGGCCAGAUUCGUCUACAUUCAAAUGCGCGUGGGGUUGAUAUGCUCUUUUUCAAUUGUCUCUUGAAAAGUUCUUAAAAAAUAAGCAAUUUGCGGUUUUUUGAAGGAUUGUGCUCUAGUAGAAAGUAGCUUCAGACUUUCUAAGAGAUAUAUCGGGGUUUCUGGACCCAAAUUCACGUAGCCAAUUCCAACCAGCCAUUUUAGUAGUUGAGUUGAACCUGUGUGCAAUUCCAUUUCUUUCUGCCAGUUGAUACGCCAAGGAACGAACUUCAUCGCAUGAUAAACCAAAUAAACAAGAUUCCAAUAAUUUGAUAUGUUAAACUGGGUCCCUCUUCAACUCUACGGAAAACGUGGUCUCGUAUCGGCCUAGACCCUUAUCAGUAGCUUUGACUUUUUUAUUUUUGUCCGAUGCUCGUCUUCUUAGCGUAGCCUGGGGUACGCCAAAUGUUUUUGAAGCUUUGAGCCAGCCCAUUUCUCCAUUUUGUACUGCCGCAAUAGCUUUUUGCAUCUGUAACGGAUCCCAAGACUGACGCCUGGUUUUUCUUGAGUAAUUUCCAACCAUCCUAAAAAAAAUAAGAAGAAACAAUUCAUUUUGAGAAACUGUAAAAAAAUAAGGGCAAAAUGAUAUACUAUGUCAUUUUAGUCAUAUAGGUCCUAUGUCAUUUUACCCAACUUACACCACAAACAGAUAUUUAUUUAUAAGAAUGUCUAACUCGAUGGUACUUGAGUAGUUGAGCCUCCAAUGGAAUCUGCCUAUCCGUUGCUAAAGCUGGUGCAAACUCCCAAUCUUCAAAAAUAUCGGGAUUAAAAUGUGAUGAAUUCCCGUCUUUUUAAAUGAAUUUAUUGCGUUAGAUGGAAUAGCACUUUUCAAAAAGGCUCGAUUAAGAAGGCUCGCUAUUUUAUAUUGUGUGACUGCCUUUCCUGGGUUUUGACGCAGCCAUAAUUGGAUUUCCUGGUCAGAACAGGUGUGCAGAGGACGAAAGAAUCCGACAUCUAAUGGUUGAACGUGAUGGGAACAGUGCCCCGGAAAACAAAAUACUACAACCCCGUUUUCUUUAGAAAACUGUCUAGAGACAAGGCUUUUAUGGCUACUGUGGCCAUCUAAAAGUAAAAGAACCUUGUUCUCAUUAGAUGCUUUUGAAUACCUUACAAAGUGCUUUAGCCAUUUACAAAAAAUUUCAGUGUUCAUCCAUCCUUUUUUUGCACAAAAGCUAUGCUACCAGCGGGAGCACCAUUCAUUCUUUGACGAGGAUAAAUAAGAGCAGGUGGAAUAUAAGUAUCUAUGGUAUUCAGUGCAGUGUUGCCCCCGCUCUGCACUGCUGAGUGCCCCAACUUGCUUGCGUCCUUUUACAGCGUAAACUUUCUCACAGUUCUUUUGGACUGUGGUCAAACCUGACUCAUCCAUAUUAUAUAAUAUGUUUUCCGGAAGAAAGUUAAACUGCUUGAAAAUAGGCUUGAAUAUUUGGCUUGUUAAAAGCCUGGGCUCUGGCCAAUGAUCGCAAAGAUAUUCGUGGGUUACGUCUUAAAAAUCCCCUAACCCACUUCCAACCUGCCAUUUUUGUUUCCCGAUUAAAAUCAUGUUUUAUAUUAUUCCUCUCGGCUACUUCAAAUACCAUCCGUCGCAAAUCUUUAGAAGUUAGUCCAAAAAAUCGUUUUUCCAUUUCAAUAAUAUGUUCGGCAACCUCCUCUUCGAGGGCUUUGGAGAACGUUGCUUUUCAUCCUCCCAAAUAUCCUUUAGAACAGUCCCGCUUAGCCAAACGUCUUCUUAAAGUUGUCUUCGGUACAUUGAAGGUUUUGGCUGCUAACUUAAAGCCCAUAUUGCUAUUUCUUACAUUCUCAAUAGCCUGCUGCAUGUCAUCCUCAUUCCACUGUUGCCUUUUUUUGGAUGCCAUA